AGCAAGAUGGCGGCGGCGGCGACGGCGGCCGCGGUGGUGGCCGAGGAGGACACGGAGCUGCGGGACCUGCUGGUGCAGACGCUGGAGAACAGCGGGGUCCUGAACCGCAUCAAGGCUGAACUCCGAGCGGCUGUGUUUUUAGCCCUAGAGGAGCAAGAAAAAGUAGAGAACAAAACUCCUUUAGUCAAUGAGAGCCUGAAAAAGUUUUUAAAUACGAAAGAUGGUCGGCUGGUGGCCAGUCUGGUGGCAGAAUUUCUUCAGUUCUUUAACCUUGACUUCACCUUGGCCGUUUUUCAACCUGAAACUAGCACAUUUCAAGGUCUUGAAGGUCGAGAGAAUUUAGCCCGGGACCUAGGUAUUAUUGAAGCAGAAGGCACUGUGGGGGGACCCUUGUUGUUAGAAGUGAUCAGACGUUGUCAGCAGAAAGAGAAGGGGCCCGCCUGUGGGGAGGGUGCACUGGAUCUGGCUGAUGUCCAUUCUCCACCAAAGUCCCCAGAAGGGAAGCUGAGUACUCACACGGGUCCCAGUAAGAUACCCAGGUAUACAGGACAAGGUAAGAAGACGACCAGCGGGCAGCAGCCUGGUGCCAAGAAGGCCAGCAGUGACGCUAGUCAGAGCGACACCAGCAUCCCCGCAUCAGAGCCAAAAAGCAAAAGUAGUCUUCACUUACUGGCCCAUGAAACAAAACUUGGAUCUUUCUUAAGCAGCCAAAGCCCAGGUGAGGAAGCCAGAGCGGACCUGGGCCCCCACGAAGACGACAUGGACGGAGAUUCCUUCUUCGACGACCCCAUUCCUAAGCCCGAAAAGACCUACGGUUGGAGAAGUGACCCUGGUAAGCAAGGAGGAAGCCUGGCAUCGCUCUCUGACGCGCCCCCCCUCCAGAGUGGACUCGGCUCCCUUCCCGGAGCCCCCUCGCUGAAAGACGCGGAAAGUGAGUGCCGGGCUGCAGGUGAGAGGGGGAACGCCGCGCGGAGAGGCCUGCGACCGCUGCCGGACAGAGCUGCCUCGCUCGGACCAGGGGCUGGAGACGAUGAUGACUAUGCUGAUGAUUUUAACAGCCACCGCUCAGAGAAGAGUGAGCUGAGCCUUGGGGAGGAGAUCGAGGAGGACCUCUCCAUGGAGCUGGACGAGGCCAACACCAGUGACAAACUGGAUGACCUGACCCAGGACCUGACGGUGUCCCAGCUCAGUGACGUUGCAGAUUACCUGGAGGACGUCGCAUACAGCUGAGAGAAGGAGGUACCGCCAUCCCCGAAGGCCCGAGGACGCCGGCCAGUCCGCGCUGUCAGACAAUCACUCGCUGGGACGUCCGCUCUCUGCUGGUGCCUGUUUCACAAAGACUGCAGAUGUUUCUACAAGUUAACUUUUCAUUAUACUAAACCAGAUCCUUCCUGUCUGAGCCCAUGCGGGGGAGAUUUAAGUCUUAAUUUAGUUGUGGAGAUUCAUUGCGCUCAGAUCCACGACACGGGGUCAGCCCAG